CCUAGAGUCACGGAGCUACUGGACCAUCGCUGUUGUCUUUCGGCCGUGGUUUGCGAAGAUGACAGAGCUAAGGCACCGUGGAGCCGCUGAGGCCGAGGGGACGUUACAGCAUCAGCCGUCCGAAGACAAGUGAAUGUUGGACGUGGGCUGGAAAUACCCCUCAAGAAUUGGACACCCUCGGAUGACCGCCAACCCUGGCAAGCUGUUCCCUGGUUCAGAUAGUGAGCCGAGGUCGGAAAAAGAUGGCGGGUCAGACAGCACUCCCAAAAUGGACUCAGGGGUUCCUGACGUGCCACUGCCACCUGAUGACACGCCAGAGGUGUUAAAUAAAGCCCUGUCUGGACUCUCAUCAAGGUGGAAGAACUGGUGGGUUCGAGGGAUCCUUACACUUGCUAUGAUUUCCUUCUUCUUCCUCAUCAUCUACCUUGGCCCUAUGGUGCUUAUGAUGAUUGUCCUGUGUGUUCAGAUCAAAUGCUUCCAAGAAAUCAUCACCAUUGGUUACAGCGUUUACCACUCGUAUCAUCUGCCGUGGUUCAGGACAUUGAGUUGGUACUUCCUGCUCUGCGUCAAUUACUUCUUCUAUGGUGAGACUGUCACAGAUUACUUCUUCACCCUGGUCCAAAGGGAAGAACCUCUUCGCAUCCUCAGCAAAUACCAUCGUUUUAUCUCCUUUGCCCUCUACCUCACAGGUUUCUGCAUGUUUGUGCUGAGUUUGGUGAAGAAGCACUACCGCCUUCAGUUCUACAUGUUUGGGUGGACUCAUGUGACUUUGCUGAUUGUGGUGACUCAGUCUCAUCUCAUCAUUCACAACCUGUUUGAAGGAAUGAUUUGGUUUAUUGUGCCAAUUUCCUGUGUGAUCUGCAAUGAUAUUAUGGCCUACAUGUUUGGUUUCUUCUUCGGGCGCACCCCUCUCAUUAAGCUGUCGCCAAAGAAGACAUGGGAGGGAUUCAUCGGUGGAUUCUUUGCUACCAUUUUGUUUGGCAUCAUGCUUUCCUACGUGAUGGCAGGUUACCGCUACUUCGUGUGUCCGGUAGAGUUCAACAACGAUUCCAACAGUUUCCAGGUGGACUGCGAGCCGCCUGAACUGUUCCAGCUUCAGGACUACACGCUUCCCAGCAUCCUGGAGACUUUCACUGGAUGGACCACAGUUCGUCUCUAUCCAUUCCAGAUCCACAGCAUUGCUCUGUCCACAUUUGCCUCAAUCGUUGGACCCUUUGGUGGUUUCUUUGCCAGUGGCUUCAAGAGGGCCUUUAAGAUAAAGGAUUUUGCCAACACUAUUCCUGGCCAUGGUGGCAUAAUGGACCGAUUUGACUGCCAGUACCUCAUGGCCACAUUUGUAAAUGUCUACAUUGCAAGUUUCAUCAGAGGCCCCAACCCCAGCAAGGUUGUCCAGCAGCUCCUGGCCCUCCGUGCAGACCAGCAGCUGUUCAUCUUCAAUUCUCUGAAGGCUCACCUCACAGAGAAGGGCUUGUUGCCCGCGCUGGACCAGGCAGCAGCCUAGAGUUGUCCACGGCCGGGGUGGGCUUUGCGGCGGACGGAGGCACAUGGAGGCUCGCUGCUUUCCUGCUGUGGGAGACUCCCAAUGCUUUUCAGUGAGCCAAAAAAAAAAAAAAAAAAAAAAAAGGAAGAUCAACUCAAGAAAAAGGCACCCUUGGAUCAUUUUUUUUUUAAUGUGGGUAUGAGUUGUAUUCAUCCAUACUAUGAAUCACGUUACCCAAACGUUUGUUUUCGGUUCAAGUACUGUACACCUUUCCAGCCAAACCUUUCAAUCUAUUCCCACUUUUUUAAACAGUAUUUGUGUGUCUAUCUACAUAUUUACAAUAUUAUCUUUGUACCUUAGUUGUUUGUUUGCUAUUUUAUUGUGCAUCUUUUUUUGUAAUGCACUGUUAUCAAUUGCGUCACUCACUGUAUUUUUACUUCUUGUCUUUAGAGAUUUUUUUGGGGUUAUGAUUCUUUAUAUUUAUACAGUUUUUUUCAUGAGCUACGUUCACCUAUAUGGGGAGUUUCUUUCAUUUAGUCAAUACCUGCUCAUAACUGUUACAUCCACUGUAAGUAUAUUUAAUGGUCUUUUCAAUGCCAUUCAUCAUUUCACGACCUUAACCACAUCAUGCGUUAUGUGCUGUUUAAAAUAUGUAAAACGAAAGUCUGAAUGAAUUGGCAAGACCAAAUGCUGCUAUUUGAAUCCCAUCUUUAGUGUGAGGAGAACCUCUCAAAAUCAGUGCCGAGGGCCCAAGAACCACACAUGUCGUUACUGACACGUUCUUUAAUCACAAGAACGCAAGCGGCUUUGAUUUUGUUGGACAUUUAACUUUUGUUGUGCUGAUAUUUUUAUCAGGAGGUGUCAAAGUCUUUUUACGUUGUUAUUUUGGCCGCCAGUGGCCAUUGUGAUUCUCCUGCCAAUGCUUAAAGGGAACAUUUGGAUCCUUUCAUCACUGCCAUAGUCUGCUUGAACCUGUGCUAAGAUCAGAACUCCAGAGCAGGUACUGAGUGCGUGGCACUGAGUUAGGUGAAGGUUUUUCUAAACAACCGAUGGCUGAAAUGAAGGUGUUUUGUUGAAUAGUUAACUUGACUUUUAGUUUGUAUUUUUAAGUAUUCUUCCACAGUUUUAGAUGUUGGGGUCGCCUACUGCCACUUCAAUUCUUUGUAUUUUGUAAUUGGAGAAACUGCAACAGGAAUGUAGUUUAUUAUAACUUAAUUAUACAUUCACGAUUACUUUAUCUGCUUUUUUCCUGAGAUUUGACCAGUAAUAAAGCGUUGUGGCAAAUAACUCAAAAAUAAGAUUGCUGUUAUUAGCCAUGCAUUUAAAAUGAUCUUUCAGAGUUGCAAAACUUGGCUGGACUCUGUGUUAUCAAAUGAAGUCAGGCAAAAAAUUCCAGAUGGUUGUCUUUACCAGUUUAUGAUGCUGAGAUUUUGGAAAUUGUAGUAUUUUGGUCUGGCUUAAGGUCUGCAAUUAGAGUUGACAUUUGUACACUGGUUUGGUGCUGAGGUGCGUUGGAUUCAAUGUCAUCAUCCCGAGUCAAAGUGAUGGGUCAGUGGCGGUGCAGUGGUCCACAUCCAAUGGUUGCUGUGGCCAUUACAACAGUGAACGGAGCCUAAGCUGUAACUCGCAUUGACGUCACGAUCUCUGUGUUAUGUUUUUUCACAUUCAUUCAUGCUAGUUAGAAACUAGUUAGAAAUGUUGCAGAGACACGCAGGUCACAUUUGGGUUGCUUUGUUCUUCAAUGCCAGUCAAUGAACAACUGAUAAAUGUGCAGUCAGACAUGAUCCAGACAGGGAAUGAGUCCCAUUCUGACUGAUCGCCUCUAGACAUCUUUUUUUAAAGCUGUAUUUCAAAUUGUCAUUUGAAAUCUUCGUGCACAAGUAUUUUUUUUCCUUCCUGUAAUGAAACUGAAACUAGGCAGCAUUGCGUGUACUCAAAAUGUCAUUCCUACUUGCCAUUUGACAACCACAUGGCCAUAAGUGUAACUUUAUUUGUAAAGUAUUUAUUGAAGCAAAUCAAAUCCCUUCAAAAUUAUACAUUUCAUAUUUUAGAGCUUUUUUGUGGGAUAUUUCAGACUAUUGUGUCAUUUAGAAAAGGCUAUUACAAUAGCAGAAGCGUGCUUACGUUCUUGCAAUGAGCUGUUGUCUCUUUUAGUGGCUCUUCUGUGCUCUUUUUUGUCGCAGUGCCAAUGGAAGCUACACGUAGACUGAAUGCUCUUGUGCCCUUUCAUCAGGAAUAUUUCAGGGUGUUUCCCGCCUCCUGCCCGUUGACAGCUGGGAUAGGCUCCAGCACUCCGGCGACCCUUGUGAGGAUAAGCGGCUAAGAAAAUGGGUGGAUGGAUGGUUUACAGCUUUUGUCUUCAAGUAGUUUGUCUCAUGCCGUCUUUUUCGUAGAGGCCACUAGAGGGAAGCACUACAGACGUUAGACGAAACAUUUCACUAGUGACAGUUUAUUGCAGAUAGAGGGUGACUAAAGACAAAUGCUAGUUAAACUGGAUUAAAUAAGAAGGUAAUUUUUUUGCGAGACCCAGGAAGCCAUUGUGACCCAUGAUGACAAUUCUGCCAAACAGGGCCUUUUAAUAGAAUGUAUUGCAGUGGCGCAACAUUUCUUAAGCUCACAUUGGUCACUCGCUUUCAAGGAAAUUUCAUUUUGUGGUUCCCCUAUAAACUUGCAUAUGUGCUACUAUACUUAGGCAGUGGUGUACUUUGUGUUGUAUAUUUGUCAAUAGAAAGAGAUUUACUCUUGAUGCUAAAGUGUACUUUGCCUUUGUCUGAAAAUAAAAAGAUCAAAGUUG